AUGUUUGGACUCUCACCAUCAACAUUUUAUCAUCCAUCAUUUAUGUAUUUACCAUCACAAGAUAUGACUAAAACACAUCUUUUAUCAAAUACAUCUGAUGGCAAACGAAAACAUUUUGCAAAAAGUCAGCCUACAAAUAAGAAAUUUUCUAGCAAUAAUUGCGAUCGUCCGGUGAAGAAAUGUUCCUUCGAUAUUGAAUCACUGUUAGAAUUAAAAACUAAAGAUGCUCAAAUAUCAAAUCGAAGUUACAAUGAAGAUACUGAAGAUGGAUCAAGUGAUGAUGGUCAUACAUCAUAUCGCAGCCCGCCAAUAUCAUCCUAUGCUUUAUUCAAUCAACUCAAAACACUUGACAUGACACCACAUAAUAAUAAAAGUGACCCUACACUUUCAUCAUCAUCUGAAUCCGAUCACUCUCCAUAUCGACUAACAUCAAGUAAACACUUGAGUAGUUCUCGUCAUGGAAUAAGUCAUAAAAUCAAGCCAAAACGUAUUCGUACAAUUUUUACACCUGAACAACUUGAAAGACUUGAAUCGGAAUUUGAUAAACAACAGUAUAUGGUUGGAAAUGAAAGAUUCUAUUUAGCAACAACGCUUGAUUUAACUGAAGCACAAGUCAAAGUUUGGUUUCAAAAUCGUCGUAUUAAGUGGCGUCGGCAAACAUUAGAUGAUCAUCAACAACGAUUAACAUCGAUUACUGGUCAAACGCCAACAACAAUGGCUGACGAACAUAAUCAUUCAGACAAUGAUGAAUAA